AUGGACGCCGACUCUACAGCAUCCUUACCUGCCGCCAUCUUCGAGAACGGCCGCUUUGGCACCGUUGCUCACCCGCCUGUCGCCCCUCUCGUUUCAUGGCUCCAUGAGCGUCGUCGCCUGGCAGGAAAACUUGUCAAGGAGAAUGACCCUCAGAUCUGCUGGAGAGAGGGAUUUGCCUGCGCCAAAAACUCCGACUCGCACUUGUGCCCGGUCCUGAGAGCUUCUGAGCCUUCUGCUCGACAAAACCACUUUGAACGGCAGCUGCAGAUCGUCUACAACAACAACCCCAAGGCCUUUCAAACUAGGAGACUCAAGGCCCAGGGCCAUGGAGAGGCGCGAGUCAGUGAACGCCGCCUUCAUAACCGCAGCAGAUUCAACCCAAACGAGCUCGAUAACGACGUUGCUCUUGCUCGCAGUGGCGUUCCUCUGCCUGGCGAGUGCAAUAACCGCCGCUGUCCCUCGCUUGAGCGCCAAGAGGCCUUUUACGAUGCCUCCACCACCAAGGGCAAGGUCCACGUACGACGAUUCGCAGCUUCCGAGGACGCCCAGGUCGCCGCGCUCUAUCACAAGGGUCUUCUCUACAACAGCGCAGAGGAAAGUAGGACGACGUUUGAUCUCAACAGCAUCCGCCACAGCGAACCGACCUACAUUAUCCGCCCUGCCAGGCGUGGGCGCAAAAGUGCCAAACACGGCCAUGACGAUGGCAGUACAUAUGCUUUAGAGCACCCUCUGUAUCUCAACCUUUCCUUUUCCGACAUUGGGGAUGAUGAGGCCAUUGCUCGUUUCUUUGCUUCUCAACAAGCGUCUCCCGAGGAAGCAAUUCAACAUGCAUCUUCCAAGGAUUCGACUGAUUCUGCGCCUCCUCCUCUCCGGAUUAUCUACGAGCUGGAUGGCUCUCGAGGCUCCGUUGACAUCGAUGCGUCGCAGCCUCCUGAUUUGAUUCUGGAUUCCGAGGACUUCGAAAUCCUCUCUGAUAGCGAAAUGCAGGAUACCCCUUACAGCACUCAGCAUUCUGCGGCCGAUCCAUCAUCCGCUGCUUGGGUUCUGGUGGGCAACGACUUGUAG